GACUUAGACCUUUGUGUGUAAAGAUGAUAAAAGUUUCCAAACUCGAUCUGACUCACUUCAAACUCGAUUAAUUUUUCUCCAUCACUCCCUGAUCCCAAUUUAUAUUGGGCGGGACGAGAAGACCUUCUCUCUGUUCCGAAUCUCUUUAACCUGUUGGUACAGUAACUAUUAUUACUUUUAUUAAAAAAUAAUUUAUUUUUAUAUAUUUAUAUAUUUAAAUAUUAUAAUUUUAGUAAAAAAUAUAAAUAUUAAAUUUCAAUUCAAUUUAAAUAAUAAUUUAGAGUUAAUAAAAAAUUUAAUUAAUAAAAAUUUUAGUUGGAUUCGAUUCUAAUAGAAUACAUAACCUUAAUUAACCCCCAAUAAAAAUCCUGUUGUGUGUGUUAUGAGGUGACCUCAUAUGAUACUGGUUCCUUGUGGGGCAGAACAGAGAGCCCAAUUAAAUCUGUUUGUAGUGACCUCAUUUGAAUGCUUCUUUCUUGGCGAAGAUAUCAACUUUUGAUUUCUCAAUUGGUUUCAUCUUAGUUUGACUGCAGCAAGUGUUUAUAAUCCAUCUGCUAAUCAUCUCAACUGCUUUAGGUCAUGAUUUAACAUUAUACAAUAUUUUUAUGAAUUAAAAAAGGCAAAAUAGACUUUGAAGAUACAAAUCUAGAAGUCAUUUUUCCCAUGUGGGGCAUGUCCAUGGGCUGAUCUUUUGGGAACCCACAGGUUAUGGAGUGUGUAUGUGUUUGAGUUAUAUAGGAACAAAAACUCUGUUAAAAUUGUCAUGGUUUUAAUAGCUAUUCAUUCCUGUCACUGACCUUAAAACUGUGGGUUAAAACUGGGGCCAACUGAGCAUGGAAACUCCCUCUGAUAAGCUAAGCUCAAUUUAUAGUCAACAAAAUGAUAAAUAAUCUAAAUAUCAAGAGCAAAUUUUUGUAAAUUUACCAUUUCUGGUUGAACUUUUCAUAACUUCAAGCUUUUCAUCUGCCAUUAACUUCGGAAAAAGUUUUCCUUUCUUAUGGAUAUGUUUCUGCUCAGUUUCCUCAUAGUUUUGUUCUUUGAAACUCAGAAUCUCUAUGCACAACAAAAUUAUUCAGGAAACCUAGUCAUGGAUUGUCACAGUAGUGAUUCAACAGGUCCUUCUCCUGCUUUUCUUUAUUCUUGCAAUGGCAAGAAGCAGUCCUGCAAAACCUUUCUGAUCUAUAAGUCUCAACCUCCUUAUAAUACGGUCUCUAGUAUAGCAAACCUCACAUCUUCUGACCCAUUAGAGCUUUCCCGCAUCAACAAUAUUUCAAGAAUCACUGUUCUGCCAACUGACAAAGAGGUUCUAAUUCCUGUAAUUUGCUCCUGCUCAGGUCAGUACUAUCAAGCCAACACCUCUUAUACUGUUUCAAGUAUUGAUGAUACCUAUUUUACAAUUGCAAACAACACUUAUGAGGGUUUAUCCACUUGUAAUUCUCUUAUGCGGGAAAACAAUUAUAGUGAAUUUAGCUUGGAUGUGGGCAUGAAACUGCGAGUUCCACUUAGAUGUGCUUGUCCUACAAGCAAUCAGACUGCAAAUGGUACCCAGUAUCUAUUAACUUACCUGGUCAGUUGGGGUGACGAAGUUCCUGCUGUUGGUAAGAGAUUUAAUGCAAACAUAGAGAGGGUGAUUUAUGCAAAUGGGUUCUCUAAAGAUGAUCUAACUCUUUUUCCCUUUACAACAAUUCUAGUGCCACUGUCAACUGAACCUUCAACCUCCCAGACCAUAAUUCACCACCCACCACCACCCGACUAUCAUCCAGUAAUUCCAAAUCAUCAAAUUAGGAAUUCAAGAAAAGGAUUUCACGUUUGGAUAAUACUUGGUGUUUCUCUGCUAUUCCUCCUUUUUGUUCUAUUUAUGGUCUUCUUCCUUCUCAAGAAAAAAAUAGACCUUGGUCGAAAGGACAAAGGGAGGAAAAAGAAAUCAGCGUUACCCGAAGAUUUUCUGAAUCGCGUUGCUGGGGUUGAUCUGGGGUUGAAAAUCUAUGCGUUUGAGGAAUUAAAGGUAGCAACUGAAGACUUCAGCACUAGCAAUAGGUUGAGUGGCUCUGUCUAUCGUGGGAUUAUUGGCGGACAAGUGCUAGCCAUAAAGAAGACGAGCAGAGACAUCUCUAAUGAGGUGAAUUUGCUUAGAAAAAUCAACCACUUCAAUCUAAUAAGCCUUUAUGCAGCAUGUGAGCAUCAUGGAGUUUUCUACCUCAUGUAUGAGUUUAUGGAGAGCGGUUCAUUAAGGGAUUGGCUCUACAAAAGGAGCUGUCCUGAAGUUCAGAAUUGGAAUCGUAGGAUUCAGAUUGCUUUGGAUGUUGCUAGUGGUCUUCACUAUCUUCACAAUUUCACUGAUCCUCCAUAUGUGCACAAGGACAUUAGCAGCAGCAAUGUGCUGCUUAGUAGGCAUUUUAGGGCCAAGAUUGCCAACUUCAGCCUAGCACGUGCAGCAGAGGCAGAAGAACAUGUGAAUUCUUCACUCAGAUUGGCCCUGGGGUCAAAAGGUUACAUGGCACCGGAGUAUACAGAAUUCGGCUUGGUUACCCCUAAGAUUGAUACAUAUGCUUUUGGGGUAAUUUUGUUGGAAUUAGUUACAGGAAAAGAAGCUGUGUUCAUGCAGGACGAAAGAGAAAUGCAAUUAUCAGAAACAAUCAUUUUAGUUAUGGAAAAAGAAGAUGCUCAAGCUCGGCUUUGCUGCCUUGUAGAUCCAAUUCUGCGCUCACGGUGCUCCAUGGAAGUUGUCCUGCGAAUGGUAAGGUUGAGUCUAGCCUGCUUACAACAGGAACCAGAAAGUAGACCAAGUAUGGCUGAAAUAGUUUCCUCCCUUUCAAAGAUUCAAUUGGAUGUUCACAGAUCAGAAUCUGUGUUAGUUAGGUAUGUUUAACUUUUUGUAAGUGCACAGUUGUAUAAAUUUCAAAUAAUAUAUAUGUUUCUUUGAUGUUUAGGUUAGGAUGAUAAGAGCUAAGGAUUUGGAAUUCACAGAAGAAAUCACUUCUAUAAUAAGAAACUGAAAAAGAGUUACACUUUACAA